AUGGCGGAGAACAAUGAGAGAGACCCCGAUAUUCCGGCUGUUUUUGAUGACUCAGAGGAUGAAGGAAGCUUUGAUGGGUUUGAACCUAGACGUAGUAAUAAUGAUAGCGGUAGUGAUGUAGAUCUUGAAGGCUUGGAGGACGACAGUGGCGGCCCUGCACCUGGAGGUACCGAUGACGAAGAAGAAGAAGCUCGAUGGACUGACCAUCUCAGCGGCUUCCCCAUCACGGACUUCACAGCAGAAACUGGCCUUAAUUUUAACUUCCCUUACAUUCCUAAGCCUUUAGAUUACUUUGUAGAGUUUGUAGAUGAUGAUUUAUGGGAUUUGAUUGUCGAAGAAACAAAUCGCAACGCUCAUCAAAGACUUUCAAAUUCACCCGAGCGCCUCGCAAAUUUCGUUCCUGUUACACGUGCAGAGAUCAAGGCAUUUUUUGGAGUAAACAUAGUUACAGGUAUCCAUAGUUUCCCUCAGUUAGCGUUAUAUUGGUCAUCUGAUGAGUAUUUUGGAAACCAGGGCAUUAAGAAGGUUAUGAGCAAGAAUAGGUUUGAAGAGAUUAGUUGUUACUUGAAUUUUAGUGAUUCAAGUGUAGAGCCCGCUCGGGGAACACCAGGGUUUGAUCGCCUUUAUAAGAUUAGACGGAUAUUUGACUCUAUUUUGGGUAAUUGCCAAACGAAGUUUAAACCGACUAAGAAUCUUUCUGUAGAUGAGGGCAUGAUCGGUUUUAGGGGGAGGUUAUCUUUCAGGCAAUACAUGCCAGCAAAACCUACUAAGUACAGAAUUAAAGUGUGGAUGGCGGCCGAUUCGAGUAACGGGUACGUUUUGAAUUUUGAUGUGUACCUUGGUAAAGAAGCCGACGGCUGUCGUCGUAUUCAUGGGUUAGGUUAUGAUGUAGUGACCAAGUUAAUCAGACCUUUUAUGAAUAGAAAUCAUCAUGUAUUCUUCGAUAAUUUUUUCACAUCAACUAAGCUAUUAGAACAUUUAGAAGCAAAUGAUACAUACGCCUGCGGGACUGUAAGAUCCAAUCGUAAAGACUUGCCACAAUGUGCAAAAGAGAAACUGCGGGUUGGGGAGAAGUUAGUUCGUCAGUUGGGAUGUCAGUGGUAUGGCAACUAA